AUGGAUUUCAGUGCUGGGCCGUUGUUGGGCUUGUGGCUUCUUGCGUUUUCAGCGGCCUUUGUAGAUGCUGUUGGACCAAUGAACACGGCAGUCUUGCGCGGUGGUGCAGCCACUCUGACUUGUAGCAACCCUGACUACACUUCACCAAGUUCUGGUAUUGCUUCUUGGGAGGAGGGGCCAACACCCUUCGGUACUCAGCAACUUGGCAUUUACACAGGACCAGCCUUUGCUAAAUACACUAAUUUUGACAUAGUGUCGACUGAGUUUCCCCAGAUGGACCUUACAGUUAGCAAUGCUCAGAUUGAAGAUGAAGGAACGUACACAUGCAGCAUGAUAACAGAACAAGGAUCCGCAACUUUGACUGUUGAAAUUGAAGGCAAUGAACCUACCAUCACACUUGACGGUGAUUCAUCAGGGAAUCCUAUCAGACUGACAGCAGGAGAGCAAAGUGUACUGAGAUGCACAGCGAGCGGCUUCAGACCUGCAGUCAAUCUAGAAUGGUACAAAGAUGACGUCAAGAUCACAGCGGGUAUCACUGAGGAUACACCCACUGAUAAUGGAGACAACACUUCCACUACAUCAGGCACUUGGACAUUUACUCCAAAUAUUCCAGACGAUGGAGAUCGUCUAGAAUGCCGAACUACAGGACAGGUGGUCACCACGGCAAAAACAGGAGGGCUCACUCUCAAUGUACAAUUUGUACCUGUUGUCACAGUGGGAUACAGCGGUGGUCAGAUAACCUGCUCAUCAGAUGCCAAUCCAUUGGCCACAACUCAUCAGAUCAUUCGGAAUGGCACCGACGUUCUGAAGACAUUCUCCAACAGUCCAGGAUCUGUGGAAUUCACACCGAAGUAUUGCGCUGUAAUCAGUUGUAAUGCUACAAACACAAUCGGAACAGGAACAGGCACGUUUGCUCAGCAGAUAUGCCCAGCUCCACCUUCACCUACUUCAGUUGGCGUGAUAGUUGGAGCAGUGGUGGCGGCUUUUAUCGGUGGAAUUCUCGUUAGUGGUAUCAUUUUUUACAUCAUGAAGAGGCGACAUCAAGUACAACAUGAAAGAGAUGGACUUCAUAAAACAAUCAAACACGAUGGGGAUCACCUGAAUCAAGACGGGCCUGAUAAGAGAACACCCAAACGUGAGCAGAAUCAAGAACUACCAAUGACUUCGCCCAGCCCCAUCGCAGUCUAUGAAAGCAUUAGAGAUGAGGGUGGUGAAGCGUCUCGGACAUCAACAGCCGAAGUGUACAGCAAUGUUGGGCCUGACCUGGCAUUCCCGCGAGAUCUCGUGGUCAUUGAGAAAGAGCUGGGACGGGGCGCGUUUGGGAGAGUUCUGCUGGGCACGGCUCUUGGGAUCGAGAAAACUGGGAAAAGGACAAAAGUGGCCGUGAAAACUCUCAAAGAGGGCGGUGGCGAUCACGCUAAGGUGGAGCUUCUUGAGGAGUUGGAGCUGAUGAAGAAAGUUGGUUGUCACCCGAAUGUUGUUAAACUUCUCGGACAUUGCAAAGAGAAAGAUCCCGGGUAUGUGAUCGUUGAAUACCUUGCUAAGGGUGACCUGACGAAUGUUCUGAUGGGGUAUCGAGACAAGGAUCCAGGGUCAGGUUACUCCAACCUACCCGGCUUGAGCAAAUUACUGUCUCGGACAUUGGUCAAGUUUGCCAAGGAUGUGGCUAACGGAAUGGCAUUCAUAUCAUCUCAAAAGUGUGUGCAUCGUGACCUUGCCGCACGUAACGUGUUGGUGGGAGAUGACAUGGUGUGUAAAGUGUCUGACUUUGGACUGGCCCGUGACGUCAUGAACACACGUAUCUACCAACGAGAAUCACAGGGUGCUCUUCCCAUGCGCUGGAUGGCAUUGGAAUCUCUUCUAGAUGACGUGUACACGACAGAGAGUGACGUAUGGUCUUUUGGGAUUCUGCUGUGGGAGAUUGUGACACUUGGUGCACGGCCGUAUCCAAUGAUGAAGACAAAGGCAAUGGUCAGCCAAUUACAGCAGGGCUAUCGUAUGCCGAAGCCUAAAAACUGCAAGAAACAGCUGUAUGACAUGAUGUGCAGCUGUUGGCAGGAGAGUCCCAAGGAUCGACCCACAUUCCAGAGUCUGUAUCGGCAAUUGGAGGACAUGUUAUCUGAAGAGAAGGAUUAUAUCACUAUUCACAAGCUGGAUGAAAGCAUCUACGAAGUGACAGUGAUCGAAGACACGAACGAGAAACUGUGA